AGUGGAGAAGUUGACUCACACCAACCAACCGAGAAAUCGGACACCAGCCGAGCCGAGCCGAGCCCCGCAGUCUGCACCCGGACUGAAGGACACGAACACCCGCCGCAGGUUCUCCAUCCGAAGCGAACGGAGCUCGCAGAAGUUACGGCCACCAUGGCGGGCUGUCUGAGGGUCGCUGUGCUCCUUCUACUGGUUACUGGAACCUUAACGCAGGACGAGUUCAACCUCUUCGAUGCUUUGGAGCCGACAACGGCACCAACACCUGCAAAGCCCAAAGAGCAGCCGAAGGCCCCGGAGAAGCCCAAAGAGCAGCCGAAGGCCCCGGAGAAGCCCAAAGAGCAGCCGAAGGCCCCGGAGAAGCCCAAAAGUGAAGGGUUCGACCUCUCCCAUGGUUUGGACGAGACAGAUCCUCAACCCACACCUGGUAAACCUGCUGUGAAGCCACCAAGCAGUGGAGGUGGAGGAUCCUUUGGUGACGGCGACUUAUUGGACGUCAGUGGCGGAGACUACAAGCCUGAUGGAGGCCACCAAGGUGGAGGUGGAGCAGGGGACUCCGGCUACAAUCAGGGUGGAGCCGAUGAGCCUCAAGAAGCUGGAUCUGGAAAGAUUGCGGGUAUCGUCAGCGCCGUGGGCGUGGCUCUGCUGGGAGCAGCCACCAGCUACUUUGCCUACCAAAAGAAGAAGCUCUGCUUCAAGCUGAAAGGAGGUGUAGACCCAGAGAGCGGCAGAGGACAGAACGACACGCAGUCUGGUCUCCAAGUGUUCAGCAACCUGCUCAAGACCUCCUAGACACCCUGGGACAGUCAGUGGGACGCCUCCUCACAGCUUGCCUUCAGCCCCCUACCCCUCCGCUCCGCUGUCAUCGGUCACGCGUGUGCUCUGAGACGGGACACUCCCUGUGGCCCGUCAUAAAACUACUCCCCCCCCCCCACCCACCCCCGAGUCCAGGGUCACACUGGAAGCUGAAACGCACACAACAUCACACAACCACGCUCCUCGGCUGAUGCUGCAGAGCUGAGCUGUCUCCCCCCGCCUGUAUACUUCAUCUUCAUAUCUUACCCAGUACAUCAUGCAUAUUCAUCAUUUGGGUGUUUUGUUUUCUUUUAUUGUUCUGUUCCCUUCGAUCAAAACCAGCCUGCCUGUGUGUGAGCACGCGUGUGUGUGUCCGAACCUCUGCUUUAGUAUCCCGGGACACGUCCACCAUGUCUGCUUUUGACAUUUCAUGCUUUUUCUUAUGGUUUGCACCAGUCUGCCUAAAACACCUGGACCCGUCUAAACGAGACCAGGUUAGGGAAUGUAAAGGGGGGGUCUCCACGCCAUGCUGCCAAUUCCUCUCUUCAUCACACAUUGUUCUCACACACCUUUUCCAAGCACAAACCCUUUUUGUUCAUUAUUAUGUAACAGCUUGAAUUACAGGGCAACCCUUCAAGGGUCCCAGUUCCAGCAUGCAACACCCGAAUACCAGUAUGAAAAAUACAAGAAGGUCAGAGCAACGGAGAACUGUCACAUGGCUGUCAGAUAGAGCUCAUGUUAUGGAAAGGUGGACCCUGUAAACAUGGACACAGUGAUAACAGCCAAAGCACAACUAUGACCGGAGGAAAUCUGCGCAUGAAAGAGGAUCUUAGAGCGUACAGUUAUCUCAACAAUGCACUCCCCAUGUCAUGUAGCUGGAUCUAAAUCCAGCAGAAGGAGCUUUAUUAAUAUCAAAUGCUGCUAAUGAGGUUAUGUUACAUGUAUACAUGCAGAACAUGUACAACCCUCUGUAUCGCAGACGUUAGUGUGACAUACAGAGCUUUUUUGCUUUUUCAUCGUGUUAUUCUUUCAAGGUGUAUCUUCUUAAUGCUGCCCGGAUCCCAUUUUUUUAUAAACUAGAAGACCUCACUUCCACCGAUUAACAAUCUUCUUGUAGGCCGCUGCUUGGCUCCAACAGAAAGUCAGCAACCAGCUGGCGAGCACACAGCAGCAUUUAAGAAGAAAACCUAUUUCACCAGCACGUCAACACUGUUGUCCCUGAAUGCUGGGUUUGCAAUGCAGCUGCUGCAUGUCUAAAUAUGCAACUGAGCUUCCAUCAUCUCUGCCACUUCCACCACGCCCCCUAGUGAUCGUAAUGCCCCCUCAAAAACAGAGGAUUUCACACAUGUAUUCCUUUAGGAAGGAGUCGUAGGCCUCUUGCGGGCUGCGCAUGGUAUGCGUGUUAUUAGGCAUCGGCAGCCGCCUCAACCAUCACGAAUCGGCUUAUCUCACAAGCACAUAUGAUAACAUCAGAGGUAGUAGUAGAAUAUUCAAAAGAGUUGCCCCCCCUGUGAGCUGUAAAUACUUGAUAAUAAUGCGAAUGAAUGCCUGCUGACUUCUGUUUUGGGAUUGAUGUUGCAGUGUGCCUUUUUGUUUUUGAUUUCAUUCUUCAUGUUCUCCUUCUGAAGAUUCUCGUCAUGUCUCUUGCAGGUAUAUAUUAAUCUGACGAAUGUUACUUUUGUUUGUGGAUUUAAUGUUACCAAUAAAGCGGUGUUAGUCCCAGUUAGUCUGCUUUUGGACCAUGCUGUCAGAGGUACUAGCUAACUACAUCAAGCCACAGUGGUUCCAUGCAUGGAACCACUUCAACAUACACAACUGAUUUACCUUUAGCAAAGAUCACCACUUGGGUUGGAAUGACUGUAUCUACCUACAACAUCUUGGUUAAGUUACAUCAGGUUUCAGCUUUCUUUAUGCUAUCUUAAGUGAAAUUCCGGGAAGUGACGGAAGUCCACCAAGUUAUGUUAGGUCAGAUUAGGAUGCGAUAAUUGGAAUUUAGUCCGUUAGAAAAGUCACUUUAAGUUGUGUCGUGUAAAGUCAUGAAGUUGUGUCACAUAAAGGGAUUUAAAGUUGACUCACGUAAAGUUGUGUUAAGUUAAGACAUUAAGUUACUUAAAUUUAAGGUAAACACAAGAUUUAUUUUAGUAUUUUAACGUUGUAUUUUUUGUUUUUAAUAAAUGUUUUUGUCUGUC